GGCCGGGCGGGCCUGGCACGUUUGAGUUGGGAAGGCGGUUUGUGGGCUCCCCUGGGCCGGCCAAGGGCGCGGGGCGCUGGGCUUGCCCCCGCCGCUCCGGGCGGCACGCCUAUGGCGUUUCUAAGGUGACGCUGCCCACGCCGACCGUUCCCAGGGCGGAGGAACACCUAUGAACUCUUCGGCGACCUUCCUCGCCAGCUGCCAGAACAUCGGGUCAGAAGUUGAGAUUUCCACUAUUGAGAAACAGCGGAAAGAACUGCAGCUGCUAAUCGGAGAAUUAAAAGAUCGAGAUAGAGAGCUCAACGAUAUGGUCGCAGUACAUCAAAGACAACUUCUUUCGUGGGAAGAGGAUCGGCAGAAAGUGUUGACUUUGGAGGAACGUUGCAGCAAAUUAGAAGGUCAGAAAUAUACUCAGCACCAUCUGUCAUACACGUCUUUAUGUGAGCUACAUAAAAGAAGUGAAAUAAUCAGGUCACUCAUAAAGAAAGUAAAAAGCCUUGAAUCGAAUCAAAAUGAAUGCCAAAUGGCUCUUCAAAAGACUCAACAACAACUUCAGGAAAUGGCUCAGAAGGCAACCCAUGCUUCUCUCCUCUCUGAAGACCUUGAGGCUAGAAACCAGAAUCUCAGCAACACGUUAGUGGACCUUUCUGCCCAGGUAGGGCAGUUACAAGCUCGAGAACAGGCACUCACUACUAUGAUAAAGCUAAAGGACAAAGAUAUUAUUGAGGCAGUCAAUCACAUUGCAGACUGUUCGGGUAAAUUUAAACUGUUGGAACAUGCAUUGCGUGACGCCAAGAUGGUGGAGAAUAGUAUUGUGAAAGAAAAGCAGGAUUAUAAGCAGAAAUUAAAAGCGCUUAAGGUUGAAAUCGGUAAACUAAAAGAGGAGCUGAACGAAAAGACAACAGAAAAUAAUGACCAACGAGAAGAGAUCAUUCGCCUCAAGCAAGAAAGAAGUUACCUGCACGAUGAAUUGGUUUUUACUGUAGAAAGAGAAAAGAGGAAAGAUGAUUUACUUGAUAUUGCAAAAUCAAAGCAAGAGCGGACAAAUGCUGAACUGCAUAAUCUGAGACAGAUUUACGUAAAACAACAGCGUGAUCUGCAGUUUCUUCACUUUAAUGUGGAAAAUUCUCAGGAGUUAAUACAGCUAUAUGACUCAAAGAUGGAGGAACCAAAGGCCCUGGAAUCUAGCGGAGACAUGUGUUUAUCAGACCUUGAAAAUAGCCACUCAAAAGCCGAUGUUGAGAGGGAGAAAGAUCAGAAGUUACUGGUUAAGGACCAAAAAUUUGAGACCAUGCUGGUUCUGCAAAAUAGGUCAGACGAGAGCUCUUACGAUGUGCGCAAAGGGAAGAAACUGCGGGCUAAUGCCUCCUCGGGGGAAAGAAGUGUCACGGCCGUCUCGUCUCUGUUUGCAAAAGACUCAGUGGGGAGACAAAAGCCUUGGUCUCUGGGCGGAAAAAUCCAGAUUGAACCUGAAAACAAAAGUACACUGUGCAAGAUCCACGCAAAAUCAGCAAAAGAUAUUGAAACUGGGAUUCCGAACAGUGAGAAACAACUGUCUGAGUCGUCUUUGUCUGAGGAAAAGCAGUGGCAUGACUUCAGCGUUUACCUGGGCCUGGCCAGCUGUUCUGGCUCCAAACCACCCGAAAAGCUGAACGGUGAAUGUCAAGAUCAAAGGGACAGGCCUGAAGUCUCAUAUUGCCAGAACAAUGAGGCCUGUCUGAGUGAAAGUGACGUUUGUGAUGAAUCUAGGUGCUGCCACCCGAGUAACCUCAUAAUCGAAGCCCCAGGGCACAUGUCUGAUAUCCAGUGGAUGAGCAUGUUCAAGCCUUGUAAAGUAGAGAGAAUUGUUCGCCACAAAUCCGCGUGCACUUGUUCAGAAAGUGUCAGUGGGGCAAAAUAUAACUCCUCACCGAGUGAGCCACUUGUCACCGUCCAUCAUUCCGCGUGUCUGGGGUCUUCCAGUUCUACCCUAAGAGGAGAUGAGAAGUUCAUAGAGGCAGACUUCUCUCCUGAUAGAAAGAACUCUUCCAAGACGUUGUUAACCAAUCAAGGUGCAGCCUUGCCCAGUGAAAAGAAAUGUACAUCAAGAAAAUAUCACCCAGUCAACUGUGCCCAGCCACCCCUUCCUUCAAACACACACUCUGGCAGUUCCACAGUCUGUUCCCAGACAGCCACAGUCGACAUGUUGGAUGACUUUUCUCCCACAAGUAAGCUGCAGCGUUUGCUGGCAGAAUCCCGUCAGAUGGUGUCUGACCUGGAGCUGAGCACUCUGCUCCCCCUCAGCUCCGAAAACCUCAACAGUGGUGACCAAAAUAACUUUCAAGUCUCAGAAGAGUCAGCUGAAAAAAAUAUCUUAGUCGGUAAUUGAAAAAAACAAAAGUCAACUUCAAUAUUCAGUGUGGUCAUGGGUCCAGAAGCCGAUUUCUCGUCUGUGUGGAAGAAGGAAGCAGACAUCAAUACUGGAUACUUAACCUUGAAAACAGGAAGAUUUUCAUCUUUAGUAAGCAACCUUUAAUGCCAAUGGGGAGCAGAAACUCAAAGAUAAUGUUUUUUUUGUUUGUUUUCAAGUUAACCAUUUUCAUGUGUAAAAAAUAUGUUUGUAAAUUACACCAUACUGUAUAUUAUAGAUAUACAAACUAGGAAUUAUGUGAAUAAAAAAAAUAGACUCUUCUGUAAAGCUAAACUACAGUUAAAAUACUAGAGGAAAAUCAACUGGAGAGCCCCUGUAUUUGGUAAUUAAUGAGAUGAGGUGCUGUUUUAGCUCUCUGAAUUUUUAAACCUGUGCCUACAUGUAAAUCAUAACCAGUAGCUACUUACCAGAGUUAGCAACACAUAUAUGAAAAAUAGUCUCAUCUUUUGUGGUUUUAGCUCUGGACUUCGCUACAUAAAUAGACAUAAAAAGCUACGGUACAAAAUGUUUUUAACUGGAAAAUAUGUCCCUAAUGACUGGUAGUCCAGGUCUUUCUGUCCAAGCGCUGAGCCGAGCCCUAGCUGGCUCUGUAGCAGUCCCAUCUACUUAUCCAGAUGAAAGCUUGUUAGAAGAUGAAGUUUUGUGUGCAUUCCUUUUUAUUUUUAACGACUAAAACAUUUUAAUUCUUACUUAUAAUUUUUUAAGGAGUAUACUACGUGCCUCUCUAUCUCUUCUGUGAGAAUUGAUCCGUUUCAGUCAAUAAAAAAAUAUUUUUAAUAGUGAAGAAAACUCAUUUCCUUUGUUUUUAUUAUACAGGAGUAAAAUAAGGGCUGUUAAUAGUUUUAAACAGAACCUGGCAAGUUAAUUUUCCAAAGAAUGAUUAUUAUUUUUUUUUUAAGCAUUGCAGGUGUCAAAGUUCUGUUGUGCUGUAUAAAUGCCCCUUUGUAAAGAACGGUCCCAGUGUUACUUCAGAUGGUUUUCAUGAGGGUGGUGGGGCCACCCCAUGUAGUCUUUUUAAUUAAGGUGCUGAAAAGAGAAGUUGGGGGAGGUUUGGUUAUGUUCUUUAUAAAGGCCUGCUUUCUCCCUCUGGCUUGUUUGUAAGAGCAAGACUGGGGAAGGUAUAGUUAAUUCUGAACUGCAGUCUGCCAAGGAGGAAACCUGACAUG